UUCUAUCGAAAAAACGAAUUGACUGAAGUUCACAGACUCACUUCAUUCUUUAUUCAAAAAGAAAUAACCAUAAAAUGAAUCGCCAAAAACGAAAAACGGGCCGUUUUUAGUUGGUUUUUCGUUUUUUGAUUCUGACACCAAAAACGGUUAUUUGGUUUUUCGUUUUGAAACAAAAAACAGAUAAACGGUAUUUUCGUUUUAGUAUUACAAACGAAUUACGGAUUAUCCAGAGAUACCCAGACCCAGACCUUUCAAACUAUCAGCCUGGUCUUAAGGUGAUGGAGGACAACAAGCCAUGGGCUCUGAUCUCAGAGGUGGGUGAACAAGGUUACCUUGAAGAAGUCACUGACAUAAUGAAACAGCACUUCAAAAUCAUCUGCCACAAAGAGUUCCUUCAAAACCCCCAGCUGCACGGGCCUAAAAUCCAGGCCAUGUUCGUGUGGAACGCCUGCCCUUCAGCCGAGCCUUCACUGCUCAGUUCGCUUCCCUCGCUAAAGGUGGUCGCCAACGGAGGAGUGGGCAUCGACCACCUGGAUGUGCCAUACAUCACCAGCCUCGGAGUGAAGGUGACAAACACGCCUGGUGUGGUGAGUGAUGCCACUGCAGAUUUGGCAAUGGGUCUGCUUCUGGCAUCGGCACGGAAGAUCGUUGAGGGUCACCAAAUAGCUGUGGACCCAAAGACCACCCAUAUACCAGAAAGCCUGAUGGGAAUUGAAGUCACAGGGUCAACUCUGGGGAUUAUUGGAAUGGGCCACAUUGGCUGCAGAAUUGCUCAAAGAGGCAAAGGAUUUGACAUGAAGAUCCUGUAUCACAACAGGACCAGGAGGAGUGUUGAAGAUGAGCAAGCAGUUGGGGCGAGGUUCUGCGAGAACAUGGAUGACCUGCUGAGGGACUCAGACUUUGUCAUGCUGGCGGUCAAUCUGAGCCCUGAAACCAAGGGCCUGAUCAGCCACAGAGAGCUGGCACUCAUGAAACCCACAGCAACACUGGUCAACAUCAGCAGAGGUCUGGUUGUGGACCAGGAUGCUUUAGUUGAAGCUCUGAAGUCUGGAACAAUUCGCGCAGCAGCUUUAGAUGUGACUCACCCAGAACCAUUACCAAGGGAUCAUCCUCUCCUUGGCCUUCCUAAUGUGCUGAUCACGCCCCACGUUGGCACCAACACUUACACCACAACAAGGCGGAUGGUACAGAGGAUGGUAGAAAAUGCUUUGGCUGCAGUGAAAGGCCAAUCUAUUCCCAAUGAAGUCAAACCAAACUGACUUCACUGAUGGUACUACAUCUGUCUGGUUUGAGAAGUGUUUUUUAUGGCAAGAUGAAUAACUUUUAUCUUUUCUUUAAAUUAGUUUUGGUUGUGCAGUGUUCUGUCUAACAAUCUGCCAUAAUCACUGUGAUAAACAGGGACAUUUGUUGGAUUAAGAUCUUUAAUUUAUUAGUUAGCUAAUGUUGGAUAUGAAAUUACAUGACUGUAAUUUUGAAGUGUAGCCUUACAACUUUGUUUUGAUUGACUGUAUUUUUUUUUUUUUUACAUUACAAUGUUUAUGUACAUGCUGCACCACCUAAAAAUCAUAAUAAAACUACCUCAAAUUUA